CAGUUGCGUGCAGACGUAUUUGGGAUCUUGAUAUUUACGCGAACGAAAGUCUCGUAAUAAAAAAGUAUUUCGAUUAACUAAAAUAGAUUUGUAUGGCAAUUAGUUGUGUGAUCGUUUUAUAUUGUUACAAGUGUGAUUAUGUCAGGUAAAUAAAUAAAUGCGAAAACAUAACCUACAUUUGGGGAAACGACAGUGCAAAGUGAAAGUUUAGUGGACAUUUUUCGAAACUUUUGAACUUUCCUCGAAGAGUGAAAAUUAAGGAAGUCGAAAAUUAGCUUGUUAUAAGUUAGUUAUUUGGUGGUGUUAUUAUGGUUUAUGUAGCGGUUUGGUGAUGUACCGUUGAAACUUUGAACGGUAUUUUUAUCUUUAUGAGGGAAAGACGGUCAUUGCCGAUAACCAGCGAAGUGGCGCUGAAGAGUGAGAAAGAUGGAGGCAGGGGGUUGGUUGUGAACUCUGUGUUGUGUGGUGUCGUGGAUGAACUGUCGAACGGAAGGAGCGGGCGCCGCGGGUCGUGGGUUCGACACGCGGUCAUGGGCGUCCUCAGGUGGAAGGAUUUGACAGGAGUGAGGACCAGUACUCCUACUGAACAGAAAGAGGUGUCAAGGCGGUCUGUGUCAGUCGGGGCUACCACCGGCUCUACAGAGAGGCACUCGUAUACGGAGCCGAGGGUACCGGCGCCCCAUGGGCCUCCCCCCUCUCCCGGCGCGGCCGCUGUACAACGUCGCGUCGCUGCUGCCUGCCAAGCCAGCAGAAGAUUGCUGGAGGACAUAUUGGCUAAACCUGGAACUCCACCGACCUUAGUCCUUCCACCAAGCGGUGGCUACUGGGCAGACGGUCUCGACGACCAUCCUGAUGAAGACGGUGAACCUCGAGGCCAGCCUGGCACACCUCGCCAGUGUUCGCGACGACACAACAUUGACACCGAUGACACUGCCAAGUAUUAUAGGCGGUUCUUUCUGGGAAAGGAGCACAUAAACUUGGUGGGAUUCGAUGCCAGCUUGGGUCCUGUGGUGAUGUCAUUGAAGACUGAACAUAUGGCUGGCCAGGAACACACGAGGAUACUGCUGAGGCUACGAACGGAAACCAUGCACGGACUUGUACCCAUCACAAAUUCAGGUGUACUACCCUCACCUCUCAGAAUGGCCAAGAUGCUCAACGAACAAGUGAACGUAGACUGCUUCACCGCGGUCAUGUGUCUGAAUGCCUCGUCUCUGAUAGCGACCUACGACGAACAUGUCCUUGUGAAUACUUUCAAGUUUGGUGUCCUCUAUCAGAAGUAUGGGCAGACUACUGAAGAGGAACUGUUCGGAAACAACGAAACUUCGCCGGUUUUCGACGAGUUUCUCGACAUGCUUGGACAGCGGAUUAAGUUAAAAGAUCAUAAAGGUUACCGAGGUGGUUUGGAUAUAAUGAACGGCCACACGGGCACGGAAGCGGUUUACGAGCGUUUUUACGAACGCGAGAUAAUGUUCCACGUUGCGCCGCUGUUACCCCACACAGCCGGAGACGCACAGCAGUUGCAGCGGAAACGACACGUGGGCAACGACAUCGUGGCGAUUGUGUUUCAGGAGAAGGCGACUCCGUUCACUCCCGAUAUGAUCGCGUCACACUUCCUGCACACCUUCGUUGUGGUGACGCCGGUCGAGAGCUCGGAAGGGGAGACCAGGUACAAAGUGGCCGUCACAGCUCGUGGGGACGUACCAUUCUUCGGGCCGACUCUCCCGCAUCCACCGAUAUUCCGUAAGGGCCGCGAAUUCAAAGACUUCCUUCUCACAAAGUUGAUAAAUGCUGAAAACGCGUGCUACAAAGCCGAGAAGUUUGCUGAACUGGAGCAACGAACGCGGACUUCCUUACUGCAGAGCUUGGCUGAGAAACUCCGGGAUAAGAGCGUGGAGUUUAUGGGCACUGGUGUGUGUGAAGGGGCCGUGUCUCCACAACCUGAAGGCACUCCCAAGCAAGAGGGCCCGGGCGCAAGAUUUAUUGAUACUGUUAAGAAAGCUCUCAUAUCGAAAGUCAGAUCUCCAAGCGUAGAUACGAACCUUUCUGGUGACAGCAAUAAGAAUAAUUCCUUGCACAAGAAGAUAAACGUUCAUGAAACGCCAACGCCAAAUAGUGGUAGGUCCAAGUCCUCGAUCGCGUCGUCGUCGGCGAGCGCGGUGUCAGUGCGGUCGGUCGCCGGCUCCGGAGAGUCCAGUCCGGACGUGACGUCACGCGCGGCCCCCCCCCGCCCGCCGCUACACGACCACAGCGACGAUUCUAGUCUGAAUUCUGUGGAUCUUGACCCGUUAGAUGACAAGGACUGGUUGACUUGUGGUAAAAACGCAUUAGGUGCAGUAUACGUGGAUAGUGACACAGGCUUGGAGUCCAUGUCUUCAGCAGAAGCGGGAGCGGCCAACAACAGGGACCAGAUGGUCCAACCGAGAGACGCAGACCAGCUCCGACAAGAAGUCUGCAGACUGAAGAAUGAUAAACUGGAUCUUUUGAAACAGAAUAUUACCUGGCAAAAUGAAAUAAAAUGCCUCCGAGAGCGAGUUAUGACGCUGCAGGCUGAGCUGGCUACGGCAUCCAAAGACCGAAGGCUUCGAGAGUCUACCACCAUCAUACCUAACCCUUCCACACACGAUUCAACCGCCUAAAUUAUUUCUUAGAUUUAAAGAUACGAAGGGUAAAGGAAGGGUUUCUAAAUGGCGUCUCCCCUGUUUAUUACUCUUUGUUCUUUGGCCGUCUAUUUUCACAGCCACCGAUAAAAAUUGCAAUAAUUAAUGAUAUUCGUAUUGCAUUAUAGUAAAAUGUGAAUCGUAAAUAUAAAACUAUAAUAUGCUGACGGUACAGGGUCAAUGACGCCAUUUUAAUAUCAUUCUUUAACCGUUAUGAUAUGGUUGCAUAUUUAACCUCUUUCAUUUUCAUUUAUCCAUUAAAUUACCUGCCUAUUUGGGUAAUUUUGAAUUAUAAUGAAUCACAGAAUGAUUCUGCAUAAUAAAGCGAUCAAAGAGUAGAAAUCUCAACAGAAAUAACAGUUUAUUAUUUAGAUAAUUUCUUCAACAAUUAAAGUAUAUUAAGUUAUUUGUUAUAUUACUAUCGGCCUAAUAUAUUAUUAGUGCAAUAUUCUAUUAUAUAUACCUAGUAAAUAAUAAUCAUAGAACUCGCGUAUAUAAAGAAUAAUAUUACAUAUAUUUUUCGUUUUCACCUGGCUUCGUUUUAUUUAUCAAUAGGCGAUAUAAAAUUUAAUGAAAAUAUAUACAAUAUUUUAUUCUCUAUAUAUCGCGUGUACUAAAUAUUUAUAAUAUUCUAAAAGAAUAUAUAUUUUCCAUUACUAAAAUGAAAACGUCAAGCUUACCGCUUCGACAACGGCUAUGUCUAGCUUAUUGUAUGUAUAAAGAUAUUUAUAAGUGUUGUAGAUUAAUAGUUAAGUAUUAUUAUUUAAAUAUUAUCAUCGAUAGUGACAAAAUAUUCACUUAGAAUAGUAUAAUUCGCUGUUACAUAGUAAGAGAACCCUACAUUUACAAACACAAAACUUUUAUUAGCGCGAUUUAUCAUUAGAACAAAUAAUAUAUCGUUUUUCAUUAGUACUUUUGACGACUUGUUCUAUUGAAUGUUUAAAAAUUACUAGAUUUCAUUUCGUAAAAAUAUAAGGCUUUUUGAAGUGUCUAAAUUAAAAUUUAUCUCAAAAUAUUGAGAACAACGUUCUAAUACGUAAAUUUAAUGUAUAGAUUUGAUAUGGUUUAGUAGACUUUUAGAUGUGUCUUGAAAAUAAUUUAAAUAAUUAUGUAAAAAAUGAUCGAAUUGAUUAAAAAUUUACACGAAACCCAUAUAAAUUAUAAUAUGUAUAAUAUUUGAUAAAGAAAUAGGAAAUAUGUUUAACAAGUUAUAUAUUAUACAUAUAUUUACUGCAACUCUUUGUAGUGUGGACCCAUUCAAGCCUUCACUUAAGUAGUAACUUAGAAAUGGUGCAAGUCAUUAUACUUAUUAAUAUAUAUUUGAUUACCUAUAGUCUAUCUAAUGUUAGAGCAUAUUCUAAAUCCCAGUAUGUUUAUACUUUUUUAUCACAAUAUUUAGAAGCUUGUGCAAUUUCCGUGUUCAUAUAAAUUUCAUUCUAUUUACUUUGUCAACAUAUUGAAUAUUUAUAUUUAUGUUAAAUAAUAUUUGCCUUUUAUAGUCUAAAUAUAUUACGUUGUCUCUGUUUUUCAAAUUGAAAAGUCUCAGCGAGACAAUAUUUUAGGAUGUAUUUCGACUUACGAAUGGCGAAUCUGUGAACACAACUUACCGGCACUGUUAUUGUAAAUAUUUUAAUAGUAAGACUACUAAUUAAACAGUAUUUCUUUUAAUUUAUGCUUGAUUUAAGAAACGUCUUUAUGUUAUGUUGUUUAUAAUUAAUAUUUUAUACCAAAGUCAACAUUCCCAACAAAAUAGUGUUACUUGUAAGCACUCACGCAUGGAGUCGAAUCAGUAUUCUUGAAAUAGUUGAGCGCGACGUAAUCUAGGUUUACAUUUAGUUAAAUGUAUUUACUUGGAUAUGUUUUCGACUGUUGUUAAUGAUUAGUUGAUUAAAAAGCUGUUGAUUCUUCUCUUAGGAUUAAACCAAAUAUCUCAAGCGCGGAGCGUACGGGAGCAUAGUUGUAUUGUAAGAGAUACUAUUGAAUUAUAUGAUUAGUUAUUAAAUUA